UCUGGUGCGGUUGAUUCACCGGCAGAUUGGUUAUCUCACCCAGAUAACCCGAUAAGGUAUCGCCGAGAAAAGAAAUACCGUCUUCGAUUGGAACUGUUCAGUACAUUCUAGCAGCUCAAUCGAAAUGGACGGCAACACUUGGCUUCACUACAGCCACGGAGCAAUUCCCCAGGCAGCCGUGGUCGCUGGCCACGAUUCCGAUGGCGACACCAUCUUCAUCGGGCGCGCCUUCUACUGCAACGACAUGCUGCCGGCCAAGAUCAUCCCGAACAAGGGCAAGGCCUACGUGGCCUACGCCAACCAGGAGGUGGAGCUGGAGAACUACGAGGUGCUGAGUGGCCACAACUACGAGUGGCUGUCGGCGGAGAACGGCGAGGUGCCUCCCGGAGCCGUGAAGGUGGGCCAGAAUGUCGAUGGGGAGACUUUGUACGCCGGAAGGGGCUAUCAUGCCGGCAGUCUGACGGUGGGCAAGGUGCAUCCCUCGCACGGCUGCCUGUACAUCCCCUACGAUUCCGAGGAGGUCAAGAUCUUCGCCUACGAGGUGCUGUCCCGUCGCAUGGAGGCGAGAUAGGUGCUCUAUUUUCACUUACUCUUUGUUAAUCACAAAUAAAUUCGACACUUUUUGUAA